GGGGUGUUCCUGGGCAGCUGUCCAAUCAGCACCAGGGAAACUAUUCCAUCAGAGAGAGAGAUGGAGGGAAAAUGGGGCAUGGCUAAUUUUCUUUCCCCUCCCCCCAUCUCAUUCAGUGUUUUUAUGGGGCGGGCCUAAAAUUUUUGUGGGCGGAGGGGGCGUGGCUGGGAAUCUCCAGUGGGCAAAUGGGAAGGAGAGGCAGGGGAGAUGGGGGCGUGGCUUGAUGGGUGGGAAAAAAAAGUUUGGGAGAAGUUUUUAUAGUAAAAGGGGAGAAAAAAAUUGAGGCUGAGCAAGGGAAGGAGAGAAAGGAGGAGUGGAAGAAGGGGGUGAGGGUCACUGUGGGACACCUUUUAGUGUUCCCCCAUCACAGCCCACCCUAGUGACCCCCACCACACACACACCCCACCCCAGCCAUCUGCCAUCCUCUCCCAUGGGGGCAGCCAGCUGCGAGGACGAGGACCUGGAGUUCAAGCUGAUUUUCGGGGAGGAGGACAAGGAGCCUGUGAGGAUGGGGGUGUCGCUGGAAGAUCUGGAUGCCGAAGACCUCCCUGCUUGCUGCACCCUGGGGCUGGGAGACCCCCCAGCCUAUGCCUCCCCGCUGGGCAUCCCUUGCCCACCUCGCCCAGGAGGGGGUCCCCGGGCUGGCAUGCACUCCCCUCCACCCCGCCCUGCACGGGAUGACACCUUCGAGAGCCAGCCUGCCCGGCGGGUCCGCCUUGGGGGCAGCUCCCGCGUGCUGGAGUGCCCCAGCAUCCAGAUCACCACCAUCUCCCCAGGCGGUGGAGGGGACUGGGACUGCUCCCCCCGUGACUACCUCUCCCUGGAAGCCUAUGGGACGUACCGCGAGGCCCCCCUAGCCUCCGGCUUCUUCACCCCCAGUCCUGCCAGCAGCGGGAGUGCCUCCCCCUGGAGCUUCUUCUCUGACGAUGACUGCUCCGCUGGUGACGAUGUUGAACGGGAGCUGAAUGAAGCAGCAGCCAGAUUUGCCCUCAGCUCACCCUGUGGCUCACCCAAGCCCUGGGCCAGCAUGGAGGAUCCCUGGCCACUCUACACCGGGGCCCGUGGGGCAGAGGAUGCCUGGCUGGCCCUGCCCCCACGGCCUACUUCUCCCUGCGGCAAGCGGCGCUACUCCAGCUCAGAGACCCAUUCAUCCACCUCGCCCUGCCUCUCUCGUCGUGGGAGCUUGGGGGAUGAGGGCACAGCAGAAGUAGCGGAUGGGGCUGGUGGGGAGGAUGCACCCGGGCAGCGCCCACCGGAAAGCAUCCCCCAGAAGGCACGCAAGACCUCCACUGAGCAGACGGUGGCACUGACACGGAAGGAGGAGGGAGGAUGUAAUGGGGAGGAGCCGGGAUUUGGGGGCCCCCGGAAGGAAGGGAUGGAUUAUCUGGCUGUGCCCUCCCCUUUGGGCUGGUCCAAGGCGCGGAUCGCUGGACACAGCCCCAUCUUCAGGUCGUCAGCUCUUCCUCCCCUGGACUGGCCCCUGCCCAGCCAGUACGAGCAGUAUGAGCUGAAGAUUGAAGUCCAGCCGCGAAGCCACCACCGUGCCCAUUAUGAGACUGAGGGUAGCCGGGGGGCAGUGAAGGCCGCCCCAGGGGGGCACCCUGUGGUGAAGCUCCUGGGCUACGAUGAGAAGCCGCUGACCCUGCAGAUGUUCAUUGGGACAGCUGACGAGCGCAACCUGCGGCCCCACGCCUUCUACCAGGUCCAUCGGAUCACUGGCAAGAUGGUGGCUACCGCCAGCUAUGAGACUAUUGUCAACAGCACCAAGGUGCUUGAAAUGUCCUUGCUCCCCGAGAACAACAUGGCUGCCAACAUUGACUGCGCAGGGAUCCUGAAGCUGCGUAACUCAGACAUUGAGCUGCGGAAGGGCGAGACGGAUAUUGGACGGAAGAAUACGAGGGUCCGGCUAGUCUUCCGGGUCCAUGUGCCCCAGGGCAAUGGCAAGGUGGUGUCCAUCCAGGUGGCCUCAGUCCCCAUCGAGUGCUCCCAGCGCUCGGCUCAGGAGCUGCCCCAGGUGGAGAGCUGCAGCAUCAGCGCAGGAUCAGUGCGUGGUGGAGAAGAAAUGGUGCUGGCUGGUGCCAACUUCCUGCCUGACUCUAAGGUCAUCUUCAUUGAGAGGGGUCCUGAUGGGAAGCUCCAAUGGGAAGAGGAGGCUUGCAUCAAUCGGCUCAAGAGCAAUGAGACCACGCUGACCCUCACGGUCCCCGAGUACAACAAUACCCGGGUGUCCCGUCCUGUCCAGGCCUAUUUCUACGUCUCCAAUGGGCGUCGGAAACGCAGCCCCACCCAGUCCUUCAAGUACCUGCCCAUGAUAUUCAAGGAGGAACCAUCGCCUGACUCCCCACUCCGAGGCUUCCCCCCUGGCUCCCCUUCCCCAGGGCCUCCCCACGGCUCCCCCUAUUCCCCAGAGAUCCCCAGGGACAUGGAUUUCUCUCCCAGCCGGCCCCCCUUCCCCUGCUACCCUGAAAGCACUCCCUAUGGGGCCAGCUACUCCCCCACAGGCUAUGGGGCACCCUCUCCAUACCCCGAUGGACCCCAUCUGGUCACCCUCUCCCCGCCCUAUCGCCACUGCCUCCCCCCUGAGCCCCCUCUCCGCUACCCCCCAGUAGAGCAAUACGGGGGACCCGGGCUCGCGGUGCCUCCACCCUUCCACCCACUUGGCUACUGCUCGCCCCACUUCCAGCCCCCCACCCAGCUCACCCCUGCACAGCCUCCGGGGGAGCAGGGGGGAGCUAGGACUCCUGAAUGGGGGGAGGCAGAGUCAGCAGACAGCGCGGUGCUGGAGAAGCCCAGUGGAAGCGGAUACCGGGCAGCUUUCCGGGAGAGUCUGCCCAUCCAGGGUAUCACGCUGGAGGAAGUGACUGAGAUCAUCGGCAGAGACCUGAGUGACUUCCCUGAGCCACCUUGUGAGGGCAGGGGCAGCUGAGACUACAGCCCCUCCUGGGUGCUUCUUGGGCAAAGAGACCCCCCUAGAGCUGACCCAACGCAGCCAGCC